GCUAGACGUGUCAUCAUGUCCCCCCCAUACUCCACCUCGCCACCACUCCCUGUUUUCCUUCUCACAUAUCCUAAAAGCACCGCACGCGCCUCCAUAGCGACACACCAGUUUCAGGCGAGGUUGCGGGAAGGCCUGACUGACGCUGUCCCUUUCCUGACACCCACUGUUUACGAGGCCGUCACAACCUCUGAGGGCGACAGGAUGAGGGCGCUGGUGUGCAUGGUGCUGCUGUCAGGACUGCUGGUGGACCUGGCGGAGGGCUAUGUGAAACCAUUAUCGCUGGAGUCUGGGUCGUUCAUUGUCGACGACAGCUCGGAAAUAGGACGAUUGUGGAGCUCCAAUGAUGAUCCUGACUGGAACAGCGAUGAUUACUACGACGACUACUACGACUACUACGACUACUACGACGACAGCUUCGAAGAUGACAAGAGUGGAGAACCACAGGACUCAUCGAUGAUCGACUACCAACCGAUCGAAUACAAGAGGGAUGUACAACAGCACUACCAGGUGGUGGAGGUGCCGUACCCUUACCAGAACGACCCGCACAGACCUCCAGGAAUAUCUGUAGGAGUUGAGCCCCUACUGCCUGCUGAUGGGCCACAGCAGCACGAAAUAGCGGCCGGGGUAGAGCCAGAGGUAUCCGGAGGAGAUGGAAGUGCUAUUGGCAGAUGGUGGAGGAGGUUCAGCGGGCGAGUAGGGCACACCUUGGACCAAGUCGGGGACAAGUUUGAAGACAUUGGCGACCAUCUGCACGAGACAUUCCAAGGGUUGGUGGAGAAGAUGCGCCAUAUAGUGGGGCGAUUCACGGCAGUGAUGGUGAAGUUUGGCAUCGUGGUUCAAGAGGGUAUCAAGUACUGUAUCCGAAGAUUUGAACAUUCCUACAAUCAGAGAGAACAUCUGCAAGUGAUCGAGAAGCUGGAGAGGGAACUUGAAGAAGGACACGCCGAAGUAGUCAAGUUCUUCCAGAUUCUUGGAGAGAAGAUCUACGCAUGGCGAGAGCAACACACAUCGGCGAACAUAGACGCUGGACUGAUCGACGUUUACGGACAGGAUGGACAAAAUCAGCAGACAUCGGGACAACACAGCCAGGAUAUCGAGCAGCAAAUGCCAAACUUUUACCAGGAUACCCAAGUGUUGUCUCAGCUCGAUAAGUUGAGGGACGAGGGCGUGCUGACCCAGAACGAGAUCAUCAUACUGACGGAGGACCAAAGCCAGCAACAGCAACAACAUCAGCAGCAGCAACAACAGCAGCAGGAGCAACAGCAGCAGCAGCAACAACAACAACAACAACAACAACAACAGCAGCAGCAGCAGCAGCAGCAACAACAACAGCAGCAGCAGUAUCAGCAGCAGCAGCAGCAGCAGCAGCAACGUCAUAAUCUUGAAGAACCCACGGUGAUCGUACUUCCCGAGAGUGAACGCUGAUUUUCGGACACUUGACCAUCUGAGCUUUCUUUGGCUGAUGUUUUUUCCGAUCUUUUCUGAUUGUUUCGACCAUCACCACCUCCUUGAUUGAAUCCUUUAAUCACUUAUGGCCAGCUUUGGCUAACAUUGAGAAUACUUUUAAAAAUUUGUUUGCCUUAACAAAAAAAAUAGAUGAAAGAUCAAUUUUGUCCUUUCUAAUCUACAUGAAUAUCGAAGAAAUUGUAGUAAAACGAAGUGUGUCUAAGAGGCUGCAAAUUAUCAUAAAACAAAUUAGCCGAGCAGUAGAAUUGUUUAAAUUGUUUUUGGUCUGUUUUAAGCACUUGUCUCACUGUAACUUUUGUUGUGUCUCAACUUUCGUGUAUGUCUAGUAAAUGGAUACAACGACCAAUAAAUUUCCCACUUUUCCUGACUGACUGACUAAAUAAGUGAACUAAAGAAGUACUGAGUGACGGAGCGAUCGACUGACUGACUGAAUGACUGGGAGACUGAAUGAGAGAAUGAAAGUGAGUGAAUGACUGACUGACUGACUGAAUUUCACAGGCUUAACCCCUUCAGUACUGGGACCCUUUUUUUUGGUGCAAUUAGACGAUUUUAUUGACAUUAGGAAGGAUUAUGGAGAUUAGAAGAUUAAUGGCUAGUCUUCAUUAUUUUAAUCCCCGCAGAAGUCUCUAAAGCUGUAUGAAAUAGCUAAAUGGUAAGAAGAAUGAAUAUUAAAACGUGUCAUGGUAUUGACGGGGUUAAAUAAGGACUCAUCUGCUGAUCAACAAUGGUGUUCAGCUAAAAAAAAAAAAAAAAAUUACGUAAACUUUUCUGAAGCAAAAAAAAAAAAAAUUUGUUUCAUUAUGAACAUGUUUGACAAUGACCUUUACUUUUUAUUUUGAAAGAGAAAUGAUAGCUAAUAAUUCUCUCUCUCUCUCUCUCUCUCUCUCUCUCUCUCUCUCUCUCUCUCUCUCUCUCUCUCUCUCUCUCUCUCUCUCUCUCUCUCUCUCUCUCUGCUCCAUAAAGGUUUCACGUUGUACUAAUGAUAAUAGAUGUUAAUAAGCUAAGGAGAGAGAAGAGCAAAGAAGUGAUGAUAAAGCAGUAAAUAAAACACAGGGAAGUAAAAAAAAAAAAAAAAAACGAAGUAAAUGGGAAACGGAAAAUAGUAGAUAAUAUUCUUCCGUCCUAUUUAAACUAAAAAGAAGUGGACAACGAAAAAGAUUAGUGGAAAUUGUUAAAACAGAGGAAAAAUAGUGCAAGAGAAACAAAAACGAUGACAACAACAACAAAUACUACUACUACUACUACUACUAUUGAGAUCGCCGAUCAAUGGACUGAAUAAGACUGCGCUAUUAUUACUGGUUAUCGGAAAACGUAUUGACAAUUUUAAAUCCCAAAAUAAUACAUAAAACAAGAUAAUGAACACACGCGUCAGCGGAAUAUUACUAAAUGGGCGCUCUCUCUCUCUCUCUCUCUCUCUCUCUCUCUCUCUCUCUCUCUCUCUCUCUCUCUCUCUCUCUCUCUCUCUCUCUCUCUCUCUCUCUCUCUCUUCGUUCGUCGUAUGCAUGGGUAUUUUCAAUUUAGUGUAUUCUUAGUUUGUCUGUAUUUCUUUGCAUAUUAGUGGAGAAGAGACCGACUUUGCCUCUCCUUUCUUUUUUCGCUGUUCCUCAUUAAAAGUUACUAUUCCCUCUUUACCUAUUUUUUUUUUUAACUGUCUUUCUCAGCUGUUUUUCUUAAGUAGAGAACUACUUGUGGUGUUCUUUUCUUAAGCUAUGCUAUGAUGCGCUGUGCUGUGCUGAGGGAGGCACACCCGCAAACGCCUCUAGUAAUACGGCAGAAUCUCUUUAAUGUUGUUCUCCGGUAUUCUUAACUGGCCCUAAUUUAUGACACGGAAAAAAAGAACUAUGUAAUGUAUCCCGCAUAAUUGUAAUAAGUACGAAGUGUAUCUCCUGGUGGCAGCCGUGCUUUCCACCAUCUGUUGAAUGUAGUGACCCUUUGAAGUCACUACAUUCAACACUACAUUCCUCCUCCUCCUCCACUAACUUGACGUAUUCCUCUUGCUUCUCAACCUUCACGUGUUUGACUCUGUUCUCCAUUACAGACAAUUUCCACAUUUCAUGCCAGCGUGCACAGUUAUGUAUGGAAAUGAAGUUAGCGUUUUCCUUCAGACUUCUACUAUUUAAAACUCAGUUCAUAGGAACGGUCGUAAUACUUGCCAAUUUUCACUGCAAUGAUUUUCAAUAGACUGUUACCAUACCUUAAUUAAAACUUUUGUGUAAAGUAAUGAAUUUCUAGCCCUACCAUUACAAAAUAUCUUAAGCUUAAUAAAAUAAUUUAUUAUGCCCAGAAUAAUACUAAAUUGGUACUUUGGUAUUAAAGUGUACAGCUGACAGGAGCAUGCCAAUGAUCUCAGCUCUGGGUUCUUACUUUUGUAUAUCUGGUUGUCAUUCCCUAUAAACCAAAUUACAUACCACAUCCGUUUC